AUGUCAGCAGUGAAUUCUACUGCAGAACUAAGUACAAAAGAUCUAUGGACAUUGGCCAAACAUGCGGCAAACAGUGAUGCAAAAAAGACAACUACUCAACUACAAGGCAUUGAGAACACCAUGAUUGUGGUGGGAAGCAAAGGAUCAGGCAAAACAACAAUCAUUUUGAGACAAACCGAUCGAGAUGAGGCACCGAGUCCUACGAGUGCUCUAGAAUACACGCAAGUUGAACACUUUCACACACAUGUGAACAAUUGCCAAUACCUCUUUCAAAACAUCUAUAGAUUUGCAAGACGAACAAGAGGAAUGACGGGCGUCAAAGAUGUAGUCCACAUGUGGGAAGUCGCUGGUGGAGUUCGCCUUUCGGAUCUAGUCAAGAUUCCGAUUGUUGAAGCACAAGUGCAUACCAUUACUUGUGUUAUUGUGGUAGAUUUAUCUCAGCCGGACUCGAUCACAUCCACACUGGAUCACUUUAUUACCCUGUUUGCUGAACGUGUGGAAUCGCUACUAUCUGGAUUGGAGAAGAGAGGCUCUAAGCGGCCUGCUGCGUUGAGGAAGCAAGCGUGGAAAAAGUAUGGUGUUGAUCAUCCUGACCAGUCUGAACUUAAACCUAGCUUGGUACCACUAGUAAUUAUUGGAUCCAAAUAUGACGUCUUUAGAGAUUUUGAAUCAGAGACGAGGAAGCUUGUGUGCAAGACACUGAGAUAUGCAGCUCAUGUGUUUGGUGCUUCAUUAAUAUUCACGUCUGCCAAAGAUGAGACGUCGAUGGAGCGUUGUCGGCAACUGUUGAGUCAUCAUGGAUUCAAGUCUAAUCCUCCAAAGGGACAUAUUAUAGAUCACAACAAGGCUAUGAUGGUGUUGGCGGGAGCGGAUACUCUGUCUCAAAUUGGACAUCCUACCAAGUCCGAUAAGGAAUCUAUUGGACGCGUGAAAGGAUUGGAUUGGAAUAUGUGGAAGACUGUUUAUAGUCAGAGUUUGCCACCUCGAAAUGUGCAAGAUGAUUCCCUCAAAGACAUUGUAGAUUUGGCAAAGUAUCGAGAGCCUGCUAUUGAUAAUGUGUAUGGGCAAAAGGAGGCUGAAUUUAUGCAAAGAAUGGAGAGACAAUCACAACCACAAAGAUAG